AUGGAGCUUGGUCGACCUGUUCUCCCACCUAUCACCAGCAUCGAACAUCAUAAUUCAUCUAUUAGUGCACCAUCAACAUGGUCUGCACCUCUCGAACCACGCGCUUUACGAGAGCAUCCCCUUCCAUUUUACGAUCAACAAAGCCGACGACUUUUGCCACCCCAACCCAAACUCGCUCCUUCCCCUUAUUCACAACAGCAUGAAAAUCCCAGGGUUGCAGCUGCUCGUAAACGAAUGGAGCAAGACAUGAAUCAGGUUAUGAAUCAUUGCAAUACUAUGCGUGAAACCAUCCAACAACAACAAGCAAUGAUUGACACAUACCAUCAGCAGCCAUGGCUCGAGGAUAUGAUUUCUCGUGCCAAUGAAGUGCUGAAUGCGUUAUUGCGUUUGCAAAAGCAGCAAAUGGCUGCACAAGAAGAGCAACGACAAGUGCAUUUUUACAAUACACCUUACGCACCUCCUGGUUUUUAUAAUUGUAUGCCAACCGAAAACAGCGCAAUGCACCACGAUGACAAUGACCACAUGUCCGGUGGGGGUCGUAUCCGACGAAAACGUAGACAAAGGCCCACUUUUCAAGGUCGCUGCCAUUCUUGUAACAUUUCAGAGACACCUGAAUGGCGACGAGGUCCUGACGGGGCACGUACCUUAUGUAAUGCUUGCGGUUUACAUUAUGCAAAGUUGGAACGUAAGCGUGCAGCCGCUGAAGCCAAAGCCAAAACGGAAGAACAGGCAAAUAAUGGGACCGCCACCACCACAACUACACAUUCUAUGCAAUCCAUCUCUUCACCCACUAGCACCAAUUCAACGACAACCCAAGAUGAGUGUGUCUUGACACCAUAA